AUGGAAAUUCUGUGGACGACGUGGACCUGGAUUUUGAGCCUCGCCAUGGCUGUGUCGGAGCUCCACAGCGACAACCGGCUCGCGUAUCGCUCUCAAGAGGAAUUCCUGUCUUUCCUCGAACACUACCAGCUCACCAUCCCCAUCAGGGUGGAUCAGAAUGGCGCCUUCCUCAGCUUUACUGUGAAAAGUGACAGACACUCACGGAGAAGACGGAGUAUGGGCAUGUCCGACCAAUCCCAGGCAGUCUCUAAAUUAUUUUUUAAACUUUCAGCCUACGGCAAGCACUUUCACUUGAACCUGACUCUCAACACCGAUUUAGUCUCCAAACAUUUCACAGUUGAAUAUUGGGGGAAAGACGGACCUCAGUGGAAACAUGAUUUUUUAGACAACUGCCAUUAUACCGGAUACUUACAAGAUCAGCAUAGCACGACCAAGGUGGCCUUGAGUAACUGCAAUGGGCUACAUGGGGUUAUUGCGACGGAAGACGAAGAGUAUUUCAUUGAGCCCCUAAAGAACGUCACGGAAGAUUCCAAACACUUUAGUUACGAAUCUGGUCAUCCCCAUGUCAUUUAUAAAAAGUCCACCCUGCAGCAGCGGCACCUGUACGAUCACUCUCACUGCGGUGUUUCAGACCUCCCAAGAAGCAGCAAACCUUUGUGGUUGAAUGAUACACCUGCUUCUGCAGCCUCGCUCCCAAUCAAUGGCUCAUUAAGUAGUCGGCGGCGGCAGAAGAGAUCAGUAAGCAUUGAGCGGUUUGUGGAGACGUUGGUAGUGGCAGACAAAAUGAUGGUGGGGUACCAUGGCCGCAAAGACAUUGAACAUUACAUUUUGAGUGUAAUGAAUAUUGUUGCCAAACUUUACCGGGAUUCCAGCCUAGGAAACGUUGUGAAUAUUAUAGUUGUUCGUUUAAUUGUCCUCACAGAAGAUCAGCCAAACUUGGAGAUAAAUCACCAUGCAGACAAGUCCCUCGAUAGCUUCUGUAAGUGGCAGAAAUCCAUCCUCUCCCACCAAAGCGAUGGAAACACCAUUCCGGAAAAUGGGAUUGCCCACCACGAUAAUGCGGUUCUUAUAACUAGAUACGACAUCUGCACGUAUAAGAACAAGCCCUGCGGCACGUUGGGCUUGGCCUCCGUGGCUGGGAUGUGCGAGCCCGAGAGAAGCUGCAGCAUUAAUGAAGAUAUCGGCCUGGGGUCGGCCUUUACCAUCGCCCACGAGAUCGGUCACAAUUUCGGCAUGAACCACGAUGGAAUUGGGAAUUCUUGUGGGACCAAAGGUCACGAAGCUGCAAAGCUCAUGGCCGCUCACAUCACGGCCAACACUAACCCAUUCUCCUGGUCCACCUGCAGCAGGGACUACAUCACCAGCUUCCUAGAUUCAGGCCGCGGUUCUUGCCUUGAUAAUGAGCCUCCCAAGCGUGACUUUCUUUAUCCAGCUGUGGCCCCAGGUCAGGUGUAUGAUGCCGACGAACAGUGUCGCUUCCAGUACGGAGGAACCUCCCGCCAGUGCAAAUAUGGGGAAGUGUGUAGAGAGCUCUGGUGCCUCAGCAAAAGCAAUCGCUGUGUUACCAACAGCAUUCCUGCCGCAGAGGGAACCCUCUGUCAGACGGGGAGCAUCGAUAAGGGGUGGUGCUACCAGGGCGAGUGCGUGCCCUUUGGGACGUGGCCGCAGAGCCUGGAUGGAGACUGGGGCCCAUGGUCGCUGUGGGGCGGCUGCAGCCGGACCUGCGGCGGUGGUGUCUCCUCGUCCCUGCGGCACUGUGACAGCCCAGCACCUUCAGGUGGUGGAAAGUAUUGCCUUGGCGAGAGGAAACGAUAUCGCUCCUGUAACACAGAUCCCUGCCCUUCAGGCUCCCGGGAUUUUCGAGAGAAGCAGUGUGCAGACUUUGACAAUAUGCCUUUCCGGGGAAAGUAUUAUAACUGGCAGCCCUACACGGGAGGUGGAGUGAAGCCCUGUGCAUUGAACUGCCUGGCAGAGGGCUACAACUUCUACACUGAGCGCGCACCCGCCGUGAUCGACGGAACCCAGUGCCAAGCCGAUUCCCUGGACAUCUGCAUCAACGGGGAGUGCAAGCAUGUAGGCUGUGAUAAUAUUCUGGGCUCCGACGCCAGGGAGGACAGAUGCCGCGUGUGUGGCGGGGACGGAAGCUCGUGCGAAGCCAUCGAAGGGUUCUUCAAUGACUCACUGCCCAGGGGAGGCUACGUGAAAGUGGUGCAGAUCCCCAGGGGCUCCGUUCACAUUGAAGUGAAAGAAGUAGCCAUGUCCAAGAACUACAUCGCUUUGAAAUCGGAAGGGGAUGACUAUUACAUCAAUGGAGCCUGGACCAUCGACUGGCCUCGCAAGUUUGACGUGGCCGGGACUGCCUUCCACUACAAGAGGCCGACGGAUGAAGCCGAGUCCUUGGAAGCCCUGGGCCCCACCGCGGAGAACCUCAUCGUCAUGGUCCUGCUGCAGGAGCAGAAUCUGGGCAUCCAGUACAAGUUCAACGUGCCCAUCGCCCGCAUGGGCAGUGGAGACAAUGAGGUCGGGUUUGCGUGGAGCCGCCUACCCUGGUCGGAGUGCUCUGCCACCUGCUCCGGAGGUGUCCAGAGGCAAGAGGUGCUAUGCAAACGUCUGGAUGAUGACUCCGUCGUCCAGAACAGUUACUGUGACCCCGACAGCAAGCCCCCCGACAACCAGCGCCACUGCAACGCCGAGCCCUGCCCGCCGGAGUGGUUUAUCGGAGAGUGGCUGGAGUGCAGCCAGACCUGCGACGGCGGUUCGCGCACGCGGACGGUGCUCUGCAUUAGGAAGGUCGGCCCCUCCGAGGAGGAGACGCUCGACUCCAGCAGCUGCCUCACUCACCGGCCCGUAGAGAAAGAGCCGUGCAACAACCAGUCCUGCCCACCUCAAUGGGUGGCUUUAGACUGGUCAGAGUGCACGCCAAAGUGUGGCCCCGGCUUCAAGCAUCGCAUCGUGCUGUGCAAGAGCAGCGACCUGUCCAAGACGUUUCCCCCCACCCGCUGCCCGGAGGAGAGCAAACCGCCCGUCCGAAUCCGCUGCAGCCUGGGCCGCUGCCCCCCGCCGCGCUGGGUGACCGGAGACUGGGGACAGUGUUCUGCACACUGCGGACUCGGGCAGCAAAUGCGAACGGUCCAGUGCCUCUCGUACACCGGGCAGCCGUCCAGCGAUUGUCCAGAGACGGUCCGGCCCCCGUCCAUGCAGCAGUGCGAAAGCAAGUGUGACAGUUCACCCAUUUCCACCACCGAAGAGUGCAAAGACGUGAACAAGGUGGCCUAUUGCCCGCUGGUGCUGAAAUUCAAGUUCUGCAGUCGCGCCUACUUCAGACAGAUGUGCUGUAAGACCUGCCAGGGACACUGACUGCCCCCACAUCCCC